CCAUCGGCACCCUGGAGGGCCAAUCCUUGCAGGAGAGCUGGGACGAGCUGAAGGAGAAAUUCUGGGAGAUGUACAAGGCUGACUGGAGCGUGUGGCCGGCGGCGCAGAUCCUCAACUUCCUCUUCGUGCCACCCCCGUUCCGUGUGGCUUACGUCAACGUGGUGACCCUGGGCUGGGACACCUACCUGUCCUACCUCAAAUACAGGCCCCGCAGCCCCGGGCAGGAGCCCCCACGGCAGAGCCCGAGCAGCGCCGGGGCCUAGGGAGGCUCGAGGCUGUUCCAGAGCAGACGGACCCAGAUGGACCCAGAGGGAUUUCCGUGCAUUCCUGGCCUUUGUGGAGCGCCCCAGCCGAGGAGGGGCACGGCCAGAGCCACCCCCCCUCCACGUGCCUGCUGCUGAUUAACUCAUCUGCUAAUUACAGCCGUGGGCUGGGGCUGGAACAAUCUCUUGCUGCAGGAGAAGCUGUAAAGUGAUUUCUUGUGGGAUUUGCCCGCAGAGCCGGGGUGAGGAGGAGCUGCUGCAGCCCCUGGGAAGGGCCUGGCUGGAUUUUUGUUCCCUCUGCAGAGCAAACCAGGCCCUUGCUGCUCCUCCAGCACCUUCCAGCCCCACUGAGUGGAAAUGGGGAAGGAAUUGUUUUCUGUGAGGGCUGGAAUGGAAUUGCCAGAGCAGCUGGGGCUGCCCCUGGGCAGGUUGGAGCAGCCUGGGAGGGGUUGGAAGGGAUUUGAGGUCGUUGCAGCCCCGCUGCACUGUGGCUGCUGCUCUGCUCUCCCUGCAGCUCCUCUCUCCUUCCCCUCGUGCUUUUCUCCCCAGCUCAAGGAUGGAAUCACUGCACUCCCUCGGCUCCGGGGGCUGCAGCCACCUGGAUCCUCUAUAAAUAGGGCUGGAAAUGGGCUGUGAUUGCACCCGCCGGCUCUGCAGAGGCUCAGGGGGGGCUGGAGCCAAAUUCUGGCAGAGUUUGGGGCCAUCACAUCCCCGUGCUCCCAGCCCUGGGCGAGCUGCACACUCCCUGCAUAACCCAAGGACUGAAUGAUUGCCAGUGUCAAUGAGAAUUGUCUAAAUGGGGGUUUGUAAUUUGAUUUUUGAAGCUGUGCCUUCGUGCUCUGCCCUGGUCCCUGCUGUCACACACCCAGGGGGGAUCAGCUCCUCCCUCAGCAGCAGCAGGAGCCAUUGGGAGGACGAUAAUUUAAAAAAAAAAUCUGAUUAAUUUUGCUCCUUUCUGGCAACUCAGGGACCCCGAGGAACUUCUGAUCAGCAUUGGUUUAUUUCUUCACAACAUUUCUUUUAAUACAGUGAUUUUUAGGAAAUUGUACUCUUUUUUUUUUUUUUUGACACUUUUGACAUUUGUACAGUACAGUGUAACUCUUCCAUAAGUAAACUUCACAAAAAAGAGGAGGGGGGGAAAGGGGGGAGGGAAGGAGAUGGAAUCAUGAUUGGGAGGGGGGAAACAGAGGGAAAUCUGUAAAAUAAAGACACAGCGCUCCAGGAGAAAUAAAUAAAGGGCAGCUCUGUCAUGGCUACGGGAAUAUCCACUUAUUCACAGUCUCCACAGAAGCACAGAACUACAGGAACACGAGAUCCCAAAGCCCUGGAGCAAACCAGCCCUGUUCACCCCACAGACUCCCCAAACCAGGGCAGAUUCACUCCAGUGGGCUCGGCCUCGCCGAUGCAUUGAAUUCAUUUUUUCAUCUGAAAUCUUAUUAUUUAAAUAAUAAUAAUAAUAAUAACAGUUCUGUCGUCGUUUGGUUGUGGGGGUGGGGUGGUUGUUUGUUUUUUUUUUGGUGGGUUUUUCUUUUUAAAAGUGAUAUUCACAAGCAAGGUUUACCACACUGAGAGAAACCAAAAAACAAAAAAAAACCAAAAAAAAAAA